GUCAUCCGACAGUGACAUUGCUGUUGUUCGAAGAGCCAUUAGCGGGCAAUUUACGCACUAAUUAAAGGUCAGGCGACUUCUUCUUUUCAAAGCGGCCGUUAACCUGAAGAGAGUUCCAGUGAACUGUGGUACGAGUGCACUCAGCGCCCUAAUGAGCCUCCAAACAAAACUUAUUCUGUGUUCUUCGUGAAUGGCUCGGCGGAUAUCAAGCAUGUGAUCCUGAUCAUGGGUUGCGAUCUGUAUCGUAAUGCAAGAAAGGUUCUACGAGACCGGGUUAAGGGAUGCCAUGUCGAGUUUACUCAAGGAUGAAACAUGAUUUCAGCAACGUUGGAUUCUGUGAAGUGCCGAACUCAGUUGACCUGCCUAAUGAAUGACCGUGAAUCAUGCUGAUCCACUUUCUGGCCCUCGCUUCAAGAUGGCGCUCAACCAAGGACCUGUUUCUACUCCUCAUACUGCUAACGAUAUUUCUUUGUUACUUCCACUUGGGUUCGCUCAUACGAAGCACAAGUUACAAGGCCCUCGAAGCAGAGAGAAAGGGCUCUUCCCUCGCAGAAGAUAUCGCACGAUUACUCAACAAUACAGCAGGCGAAGCUCGCGAGAACCUAAAAGGAACUGGGGUACUGCUACGUGUUCUUCAAGCAAUCGAGGAGAAGACACUGGCGAAGAAAGCUUUCGACAGCGUUGUCAUGAUAGGCGACGCUGCUGACGUGCCCGAUCCCUACGUGAACGCAUUCCAGCAACUGAAUAUCAAAGUAUUGCAGCGCUUCGAAAUGCCACAAGGAAGGAAUGGAAGCAACGCCCUAUAUGUUUGUUUGAGUGCGAGUGAGGAUCCAGAACAUCCGUGCUACUACGAGAGCAGCGAUCGAAACAGCCACAGAAAAAUCCUGGGUUACCCAUCCGUUGUGCACCUGCUUGGACGGAAGAAUUACUUAUGUAAUACAAUGAACGAACUGAGAAAAUAUACAGUUCAGUUCCCUGAACUCGGGGAAUUGCCUCUGUGCUUCGUGCUUCCUGACCAGCUCCAGCAGUUCCGUGAUGUCUCGGAAGCCCUGGCGCCGACGACCAGCUGGAUCGUCAAACCCAUUGGCGAUAGACAAUCUGCUAAGCCUCUAGACUAUUCGGCACCGACCACAGCGAGAGCUCGCAGGCAAGCGUCGACAUUUCACAUCCUGCAUCGGCGAGCAGUCGCUCAAGAGGCUGUCAACAAUCCUUUUGUCGUCCAGGGCAGGACCCUUAGUGCUCGAGUGUUUCUUCUCUUGACCUCUCUUACUCCGCUCCGAGCCUUUGUACACAGAAGGGGCUUAGUUUUUCAUAAAUUGGCCUCGAAGACACUACGGGGGAUUGAAUAUUUUGGGAGUCCAGGAAAGACAUGGUCCCUGGAUCAGCUCUGGGAGUACGUUAGACGACGCAACGGUCCACAAGAUGUCGCUGCAUUCUGGACGAAGGUUGAGAGGCAGAUACUUGGGAUCCUAUUAGUAGUCGAGACUGAGAUCGUCUCUCAGACAUUCGUACAGAAUAUCACAAACAAUGCCGAAGUCUUUCAUAGGUGUCCGUCCUGUUUCCAGCUGCUGAGCGUGGACUUCACACUAAGUUCUUCACUGGUGCCUUACAUGACGCACGUCAAUGUCCAACCGGUGUUGCACCCGUCCAGAAGCAAAACUGCGAAUGCCGUCAAGAGUGCCAUACUCAGCGACAUGGCGAGGAUUCUCACGUCGCAGACACGCGUAUCACGUGACGUCGCAGCAGCACUAGAGGGGUCUGGCGGUAACAUUGGUCUCAUGUAUCACUUCUGCCGUCUCUCUCACGAUAUUUGUUUGACAGAAGAAGAUCUGCGGUACCUGCUGGAUACGCGAAGACAGUUUAGAGCUAGAGGCGGAUUUCAACAGAUUUACCCUUCCAUUGGCUCAGAACAUCUGACAAACCUUCUAGCACAGCUAGACCAGCGGGUACAUCAGGUCAUGUUCUCGCCCUCUAGUCGCACAAUGGAGUACGACGUGAGCAAACAACACCUAACUCCACAACUACAUCCACUACUUCUUAAAAUUGAGUCGGAAUACGAAACUCUCGACAGACAACGUGAGGUGGAUCCGACAGCCUCUACAACAGGAGGCAACACGCAAGACAAGGACCAAUCCAUGGAAGAAAGGCACGUCAAAUACUGUACACAUGACCCGUCCUUUGAACCGUACCUGCAGCUCAUUGAAGUAGAACCUCAUGGAAGAUUGACCCCGCCAUUCCACCCAAACAUCACCGAGUACCACGUGACUGUCCCAUUCGACCAAAUAUCCGUUCGUAUAUUGGCUCAGGCUGCACACUGCAAGGCUCAAGCUCGCUUUCAGCAUCAGCAGGAACCAUCAAAAGCGGCUUCCUUUGCGCUGGGAAUGGGCAACAACCAAGUGACCAUUGUGGUGGAGGACCUCCUCCCCAAUGCCAAUGCCAGGGUUGCCAACGCUUACUCGGUGAACAUAUUUCGUGAAUCUCUCACCAAGGACGAAGAAGCUUUUGAACCAGAGUCACGGCACGUUGUGUGCAACUUGAAGCAAAGCUGUGAACUGAAGAUCUACUCGAAGGAAUCCUGCGAUCUCCACACUGAUCCAACAACAACCAGUGACUGGGAGAAAAUUGUGGAAGACUACGAACAUUUACCGCUCUGCCCGUCGGGGGCAGCACAAGGCAGGUGGCUUCUGCCUUGUGGCGACUGCGCUGUUCCACAGAGUUGUUUCUGGAACGAGGCUCGGUGGAUGCCAUACAGGUGCCGCCAUCUCAGUAUAUCCACCCCUGCUUUACGGCAAUGCCUAAAGAACAGAAAGCUGCUAUUUGUCGGAGACUCGACGAACCGGGGCAUCAUGUACUACACCGUCAGGCGUCUCAACGGUACCCUAACACAAUGGGAACAGUCACACGGACACCUCGACAUGCGUAACAUCAACGGCGGUACUACCGCGGUGGGAUUUGCGUACUAUCCACGUUUCUGGAUGUCACCGGACAAGAUGCCUUCGUUGGUGGACACCCUGAGACAGCUCGUUGAAAGAAUGAAGCCGGUGUCCAACGAUGCCAACACGGUCAUCGUCAUAGGUGGAACAAAAUGGCUGAAACUCAAGCAGCUCACAUCGGUGGCAGCUACACUACGAAGCUUGGGCAUGAAGAAUACCCGUGUGGUUAUCAAGUCAUACGGAUCUGGCUUUCACCAGCAAACGAUGGAGUUCAAUAAACUUUCCCUGGAGAGUCAACAGGCCCUGGCCAAGGCGAACAGCGCCAUCAUAGCGAAAGCCCUACAACUGGGCUUCGACGUAGUGGAAACAUUCAACAUGACAACUGCGCGAUUCAAGGAGUUUCUGCAAGGAAAUUGCGCCUGCCAUUAUCACAAAGCUGUGAGCGAAUCCCUCUCCACAUACCGCAUCGAGGGUCCCAUCAAUGAAGUCUACAGCGAGAUCCUUCUCGGGAGAAUAUGCAAAGAGUAUGCAAAUCGUCAGUGACGAUCUGUCGCAGUGCAAAUAUGCCAGUGUCUUUCAUCAAUACAAAUUUGAAACAAAGC